UUUGUCAAAUUGACAGUGUAUUUUCGUUGUUCUGUAGUUUGAGUCGUCUUUCGGUGUUAAAAUGUCUGUCGUAGCUUAAGCUCUUGGACAUUUUGUUAAAGAUGAAAAGUAGCCCCACUCGCAAAUAUGAGAAUUUCUCCAACGACCAUCAAGGAAAAGAUACCGACAAGUAUUCCCUAGACAGCCAGGAUACUGCAAGUUUGCAUUCGGAGGAGGGUGGGCGGCACGGACCGGACGUGAACGCAGGCGCCGGCGACAUGUGGAUCAGCGCCGUCGAGAGUUCCAUACUCGCCUGGGAGGAGGUGGCGGACCGUCUACACGUGGACGUCCGCCGCGGACUGUCAUGGCGGGAGGCUAACGAUCGUAUGAACUUCGUGGGCCCGAAUGAGUUCCAGGUGAAAGAGGAGGACCCGCUCUGGAAGAAGUACAUCGAGCAGUUCCAGAAUCCGCUUAUUCUACUACUACUAGGGUCUGCGGUGGUGAGCGUAUGCAUGCGUCAGUUUGAUGAUGCGAUAUCGAUCACUGUGGCCAUCAUCAUCGUGGUAACUGUCGCCUUUGUUCAGGAGUAUCGCUCGGAGAAGUCACUCGAAGAACUCAACAAACUGGUCCCGCCGACAUGCAACUGUCUGCGAGAGGGCAGUAUCGAGCACUUUCUCGCUCGGAACCUAGUCCCUGGAGAUAUAGUCCAUCUGAACGUUGGAGAUCGAGUACCAGCUGAUCUUAGGCUCUUCGAAUCCACCGACUUGGCUAUAGACGAGUCCUCGUUCACCGGAGAAACGGAACCAGCGGUCAAAACAGUAUUGCCUAAUAAAGCGGCCGGUGGAAGGGUCAACAAAGAUAACAUCGCGUUCAUGGGGACACUUGUACGAUGUGGAAAUGCUAAGGGCAUCGUAGUGAGUACAGGCGAACGAUCAGAAUUCGGCGACAUCUUCCGCAUGAUGCAAGCGGAGGAAGCUCCGAAGACGCCGCUGCAGAAGUCCAUGGACACAUUGGGGGCGCAGCUGUCGCUGUACUCGUUCUGUAUCAUCGGCUUCAUCAUGGUGGCGGGCUGGCUGCAGGGCAAGGCUAUACAGGACAUGUUCACCAUAGGUGUCAGCUUGGCCGUUGCUGCUAUUCCUGAAGGUUUACCUAUCGUGGUGACUGUGACGUUGGCGCUGGGUGUGAUGAGGAUGGCCAAACGUAAUGCAAUUGUGAAGAAACUACCAACUGUUGAAACCCUUGGCUGUGUCAAUGUCAUAUGCAGCGAUAAAACUGGUACGUUAACAAAGAACGAGAUGACGGUGACCAUGUUGUCUACAUCUGGUGGUCACCUGGCGGAGGUGUCAGGUGCAGGAUACAACUCUCGUGGGGAGUUGUCGCUGAGGGCGUACAAGGGUCGUGAUCUUGAUGUCGCCAGGAUGGCUGUUCAGACAUUGCUCGAGGUUGGUGUGUUGUGUAACAAUGCGGAGAUUCGAGAUGAGACAUUGUACGGACAGCCGACAGAGGGCGCUCUGCUCGCUGCAGCUAUGAAGAAUGACUCCCACCAUGUACGAGACCAGUAUACCAGGCUGCAUGAGAUACCCUUCAGUUCAGAGACAAAGAUGAUGGUGGUAAAGUGCGGGCCCAAGUUCAAGGAUAGCUCGGUAAAGGAGGAGGUGUUUGUGAAGGGUGCCAUAGAGAAGGUGUUACCACUGUGCACGCAUUACAUCGACAGCGCCGGGAACUAUGCUCCCAUGACCAGAGACAAGCAGAACGACUUCCUAUCAGAGGCUUAUAACAUAGGACGGACUGGUCUUCGUGUAAUAGCCCUAGGUCGUGGUCAGAGUAUGGAGUCGUUGAUGUAUACAGGUGUGUGUGGUGUUUGUGACCCGCCGAGACCCGGAGUACGAGACGCGGUCGCUACCCUGCGUCGUGCAGGUGUCGAAGUUAAGAUGGUCACCGGUGAUGCUAGACCUACAGCCCUCGCUGUCGCUCAAAUGGUUGGUCUUGAUGUGCUGCACUCCCAGUCUCUGUCAGGUGAUCAGCUCGAUGCCAUGCCUGAUGAUGACUUGGACAGGAUCAUUGAAACUGUCAGUGUGUUCUACCGCGUCACUCCGAAACACAAGUUGUCUAUAGUUAAAUCUCUACAGCGGCGAGGUAACAUCGUUGGUAUGACAGGUGACGGUGUCAAUGAUGGGGUGGCAUUAAAACGCGCUGACAUUGGUAUUGCCAUGGGACGUAAUGGCACCGAUGUGUGCAAAGAGGCUGCGGACAUGAUCUUAGUUGAUGAUGACUUUGCUACCAUUAUUUGUGCGAUAGAAGAGGGCAAAUGUAUAUUCUACAAUAUCCGCAACUUUGUGCGGUUCCAGUUGUCUACUUCUAUCGCGGCGUUGUCUCUCAUCGCACUGGCAACACUCAUGGGCAUCCCCAAUCCUCUCAAUGCAAUGCAGAUAUUAUGGAUCAAUAUUAUUAUGGACGGUCCCCCGGCGCAGUCUCUGGGUGUGGAGCCAGUAGACCACGAGGUGGUGCGCCGGCGACCGCGUGACACCACCCGCCGCAUCAUCUCGCGCGGUCUUCUCCUCUCCGUGCUCCUCUCAGCAGCCAUCAUCAUCGCCGGCACCCUCUGGGUCUUCAAUAGAGAAAUGUCAGACAACAAGAUAACACCGCGUGACACAACAAUGACUUUCACUUGCUUCGUACUGUUCGAUAUGUUCAAUGCACUGUCAUGUCGCACGCAGACAAAGUCUAUCUUCCAAGUCGGACUCUUCUCUAAUAAAAUGUUCCUGGUGGCGGUGUUCAUGAGCCUGGUGGGUCAGAUGCUGGUGGUAUUCUUCCCGCCGCUGCAGCGCGUCUUCCAGACUGAAGCUCUAACUGGACAUGAUCUAAUAUUCCUGGUAUGUCUGACAUCCAGCGUGUUCAUAGUCAGCGAGGUGAAGAAACUGAUCGAGCGCACGAUCAAGAAGCGAUCCUAUGGAAAGUUCUCGACGAAGGCCCACGACGCCUUAGACUUUGUAUGACACGAGACGUUGAGGAAGGAGCAGUAGGCGCGCGCCCACGUGACACCUGUCACAGUGACAGCUGUCAUCGCGACGCAGCCGACAGCUGUCACUGUGACGCGAAACGUCAUAGAGAUGCUGGCCGUUUUGAUUCGGUUUUUUACAGUGUGGGCUCCAAUGAGGUUGUAAUGCGAGGUGACUGCUGUCAGUUUACUGAUAAUUGCAGUUGUGAGGAUGAAUCGUCGCGUAGGCCGCCAUUUUCUAUUUACGAUGGCAAAAUAGAUAUUCCUAUUCGCUUUUAGGUGUUUUUUUUCUCAGUGUCCUUCGGUGUUUUAGUUUUUUUUUAAUUGUAUUUAUUACCUCUCACGUCGUCAUGACAAUUGUAUUUAUAGGAUGGUGUUACCAUU